GUCUCUUGUAUAAUGGUAAAAAAUGAAAUGCGAAAAGCAAGACCCGGGCUAAAUCAAUGGCCUUCUCCGACAGAUAAUGCAUACACUGUAUCUUCAGACCAACUUGAAGCCAUUCGAUUUACCAUGUGUCAUCCUGUUUCAAUUAUCUCUGGUGCACCCGGUACGGGAAAAACAUUUAUUGCCAGUGAAUUAGCAUUGUUGAUGAGUCAAGCUCUGGAAGACAAGGGGCAUCCUGUGCUUGUUCUUACGAAGACUUCGGACACAUUGGAUAUCAUUUUGAAUGAAAUAAUAAAGACCAUUCCAGGGGUUGUUACAUUUGCGGGAAAAUCAUAUCAUUCAGAGCUUUCAUCAAGACGUGCAACUCAUUAACUCAUCAAGCCUAUUUUAAUCGCGGUCAAUUUUUACUCUUGGAACGCCAAUGUGUCAAAAAUCAAACAAAACUGAAUGCCUUAUUUCAAGCAAAGUUUCAACUAUCUAACUGAGCACGAUCCGGAGAUAUUAUGCACAGCUACUCCGACUACAUACCUUAAACGCUUAAAGGUCAGUUAUCUUAUGCAGUGUGGUAACACUCCUGGUAGUACACGUCUUUGUAGCUGGAUAGAAUGGGCAGGUUCUGAUAUUAAAACAGGAGAUUUUGCUGUCAAUCAAGAGAAACACAGAAUAAUGGAUUUGGCACAAUACAGAUUGGAAAGUCGCUACCUCAAAAAAACCGACCAUCUAUUAAUGCCAAUCGUAGAGGAGGGCCAUAUACGGAACCGAUUCAGGCUAAUUGCCAAACAACCCGUAUCUGUCUUAUCUAUUAUUGAUUCAACCAAUUGGCCUUUUCCAUAUUCCUUAAGAACAAGUGUAGAAUUAAAAGCUGAAUUAGAACAUCGAUUAUCGAUGAAAUUGAAAAAAAAAUUAAUCGAAUACAUCGAUGAAGAGAUUAACGAUAUCAUACAAGAUCAAGUCGAACUUGCUAAGGAGUUAGAAGAAUACAUUCAUCUUGAAUGGGAGGGCCUAUGGCGCCAUAAUCGUGUGAUUGGCCUAACUGCCGAUUUUGCUGCAGCCCAUCAGGAUUGGCUUUCCUCAUUAGGAAUUUGUGCUGUCAUCGUAGAUGAAGCCUCAGAAAUCCUUGAAUCCACUUUGAUGAAUACCCAUGCUCCUGAUCCACUGAUAUGGGACAACGUUAACAGGAAACAAUUCUAA